GCCCGCUGAUGAGGAAGUUGGAAAGACAGAUCUGUCUGUGGAGAAAGACAGAAGAAUCCAAGCUUCUUUUGGUGCGCCGUUUUCUCUGGCGCGCAUUUUUGGGUAGCUUUGGCUUGACUUGUCUAGUGUUUGGACUCUAUGUUGCCAGUUUUUACCUCCAGAGUCUGAUCAAGCAUCAACUGGAUGCAUGGGAUAUCACGGGCCCCGGCAUGUACCACAAGGACCGCCCAGAUUCGAACUAUGCGCUGGGAGCUCAUUUCGUGGGAGGUGCCUACCUGAUGCUGUUCGGUCCCCUGCAGUUCAUUCCAGUCAUUCGUCAGAAGUGGAUGACCUUUCAUCGAUGGAACGGUCGCUUGAGUAUUGCAGGAUGCCUCUUGACUGCCUUGGGUGGAUCCUAUUACGUUUGCUCCGUAGGAUCUUCCCAAGUGGACUUUGUGGGACAGUCGGCCAAUUGGAACAAUCUUGUCUUUGGCAUGGCCAUGCUGACGUGCGGCAUUCAAACAUACCGCCAUGCUGCCAUCACCAAGCGAAUUGAUCAACACAAGCUGUGGGCAUAUCGGGUGGCGGCACUUUGCUUUGGCAACAUUUUUGUCCGCAUUGGUAUUUGGGCCAUGAUUGUGGUGUUGAGCAUUGACUCUGAUCCCGAAGGGUUCAAGGACGAGCUUGUCCAUUCGGAAGUCUUCAAGAGUGGACUCAACUUGCUCCUUUACACCUUUGUGGUUCCUUCUAUCCUCCUCGCCGGUGAAAUUUGGAAGCAUGAGCAACGAGGCGACUCCACUCCCAGUCUUCUCUUUCUCGUUUUCGCGGCCCUUUUGUUGGUGUUGUUCGUCUUGGGGGUUGCUUUGCUCAUGUUGGUGGCAUGGAUACCCUUCAUUGGGAGAAGUUUGGACUACUACAAUUAAGGAGGCCCCUGUUGGUGUGUAGCUAUUAAUCAGAGAGUCGGCAUCCUUUGCUUGCCAUUUCGAC